AUGCAGAGCGUCGAGGACCGAGUGACAGACCUCUCUGUUCUGACUAUGGCCCAGGAAGAGGAGCUGGGACAGCAGCUGCAGGAAAGUAGCUUGGAUCAGCCACAAGAGAUCCUUCACCUUCCAAAUAUCCGCACCUUAAUGGCUCACUCCCAGGCCAGCAACAACCAUUUGCAAAAGGAAUUCUUCUCCCUAAAGAUCAGGAACUGCCCUCUCUUCAACGCUGUCCCCCUCCCCCAUAUUGGUAAAAAAGUCCUGCCCAACCUGAGCCAGGUGACCAACGGAGUCGUGUCUUCCAAGGAGUCCCUCAACCUGCAUUUCCUACCAGAAAACCAGCUCUUGGAGAAGAUCUUCAGGUACUUCGAUAGCACCUCGGUAACAGGUUGGCAAGAGAAGGCUCAAGGGGUCCUUAGCGAGCUGGGCAAGUGGAGCUCCUCCAGGGAAAACUUUGUACAAUUUGCACACUUCUGGCUGUCUGAACUCCAAAACGACCAGAAGCAACAGUUGUUGGAACUGGAACUGGGGGUGAUCGAAGAUGACGUCCAUCUUGCGUUCCUAGAAGGAUUGGACUCCAAGGGCCUUCAGCCUUCCGAGUUGAGUUCCAUCUUGUUGGUUGCCCUGAGCGAAUAUCCAAUGGGGCUGGCCAGCCAUCAGCACCCCUACAUUUUCCUAGAUUACUUGAACCUCAUGUCUUCGCCCAACACAUCCGGAUACAGGGAAAUGCUUUCCAACAUCCAGUAUCCGAGCAAAAAUCCUCAGAUCACUCAGUGGCUGCUCGCUAUACGAGAAUUUGCCCUUGCGAAUCUCUGGCACGCUAUGGUCAAGUUCUAUAAGGCGUUGGUCAGUACCCAACUCUCUUGUGAAGCAGCCAUCAAGAGUCCUAGUCCUGCUCCCAAACAAGAAACUAGUGAAGUCAUGAAAGAAAGAGCUCUGCAGGCCGUCCAGUGGGGAUACGCCGAUGUUUUGGAUUAUCUGGUCAGAAGCCAGAAGCUGGACCUGAGCAUCGUGGAUGAAAAAAACCGAAAUCUUUUAUUUCUGGCCACAAUCUAUGACCAGUCUAAGAUUCUGGAGUUUCUUUCUUUCUUUCUUUCUUUCUUUCUUUCUUUCUUUCUUUCUUUCUUUCUUUCUUUCUUUCUUUCUUUCUUAUCAGUGCCUGAUGAUCUGUCUGCAGAGGAGAAAGAGGAACUGCUAAACAUCCGCCGUAGAAAGAAAGAACUCAUCGAUGAUAUUGAGCGGUUAAAAUUUGAGAUUGCCGAAGUUAUGACGGAGAUCGAUCACCUGACCAGCGUCGAGGAAAGCAAAGCUACCCAAAGGAAUAAGCAGGUUGCAAUGGGAAGGAAAAAAUUUAACAUGGAUCCCAAGAAGGGAAUUCAGUUUCUCAUUGAAAAUGAUCUCCUGCAGAACACGCCGGAAGACAUCGCUCAGUUCCUGUAUAAAGGGGAGGGGCUUAAUAAAACCGUUAUUGGCGAUUAUCUCGGUGAAAGGGAUGACUUUAAUAUUAAAGUACUUCAGGCUUUUGUUGAACUCCAUGAGUUUGUGGAUCUCAAUCUCGUCCAAGCGUUACGGCAAUUCCUGUGGAGUUUUAGGCUGCCGGGGGAAGCUCAAAAAAUCGAUCGCAUGAUGGAGGCGUUUGCUUCGCGCUACUGCCUUUGCAACCCUGGGGUCUUCCAGUCUACAGAUACCUGCUACGUCCUCUCCUUUGCAAUCAUCAUGUUGAACACCAGUCUGCACAACCACAAUGUGAGAGACAAGCCAACAGCGGAGAGGUUUAUAUCGAUGAACAGAGGGAUUAACGAGGGAGGAGACCUGCCGGAAGAAUUGCUACGGAAUUUAUACGAAAGCAUUAAAAACGAGCCCUUUAAGAUCCCAGAAGACGAUGGGAACGAUUUAACUCAUACCUUUUUUAAUCCAGAUCGAGAAGGCUGGCUCCUGAAAUUAGGUGGACGGGUGAAAACGUGGAAAAGGAGAUGGUUUAUACUGACGGAUAACUGCCUCUAUUAUUUUGAAUACACAACAGACAAAGAACCGAGAGGAAUCAUUCCAUUGGAAAACCUCAGCAUCAAGGAAGUUGAGGAUCCAAGAAAACCAAAUUGCUUUGAGCUGUACAACCCCAGCCACAAAGGACAGGUGAUCAAAGCAUGCAAGACGGAAGCCGAUGGCCGGGUGGUCGAGGGCAACCAUGUGGUGUACAGGAUAUCGGCUCCCACGCCUGAAGAAAAAGAAGAGUGGAUUAAAUCCAUCAAGGCAAGCAUCAGCAAGGAUCCUUUUUAUGACAUGCUGGCCACUCGGAAGAGACGGAUUGCUAAUAAGAAGUAACGCUGAGGAAGGACUCUCACCAUCCCUUGUGUCCAGUGCGGAGGAAACCUGUCUCAUCCCAACAAACUUGUGUCUUUGCUGUGUGGUGGAACCACAACUGAGCUGGACAUUUCUUGUUCCUCUUUACUACUUGUUGGGGAUUGUGAUUCGUCGGUGUCCUGUCCUUCCUGGUAGAGGGAGAUCUUUUCCUCUGUGUCUUUACGAGCUUACAUCCAGAGCUUACAUCCAGAGUUUACAUCCGGAGCUUACAUCCGGAGCUUACAUCCGGAGCUUACAACCAGACUGUUGUGUGUAGCGUUGAACCCUACUGAUGUGGCUUUUUGUGAGAUCACAUUUCUCUCUCCUCUGCAAGAUGGUCAUGCUUGAAAAAGCUUUCCAGGAAGUUGCUUUUCUCCCCCAACUGGUAUUCCUCUCCCCCCUCCCGUUUGUUUCUCUUGGGUUUUUAGCGCAGUCCUCCAUAUUGUCUUCUCCAAGAGGUUCUCACUCUGCUUCCAGAAAACUGGAUUGAAGGGAUCCCCGAUCCUUGCUCAAAAAAAAGAAAAGAAAAAAAAGAAAAGAAAAGAUAGCUGUUUGCUGGCAGGUGAGGGGGAAAAUGACACCCUGAGCAUCACACCAUUGCUGUGAAAGUUGUGCCCCUUGUGCACAUGUCCACAUCAGAGAGGAAGGACGUGUGUUGUGGUCUUCAAGAAACUAUAGGCGGUGUGAAUCCACCUCUGAAGGAGCAUAAAGCCACAAGUAAAAAAAUGGUUGAUCUGAGGGCAGGACAAGAAGCCAUGGGUGGAAACUAAUCAAGGAGAGAAGCAACUUAGAACUAAGGAGGAAUUUCCUGACAGUGAGAACAAUUAAUCAGUGGAACAACUUGCCACCAGAAGUUGUAAACGCUCCAACACUGGAGGUUUUUAAGAAGAGGUUGGAUAACCAUUUGUCUGAAGUGGUGUAGGGUUUCCUGCCUGGGCAGGGGGUUGGACUAGAAGACCUCUAAAGUCUCUUCUCUUCUCUUCUCUUCUCUUCUCUUCUCUCUUUCCUCUCCUCUCUCCUCUCCUCUCCUCUCCUCUCCUCUCCUCUCCUCUCCUCU